ACAUCCGCCAGGCACUCCCGGAAAGAGGGGCCCCUCCUCCGCCCGCCGCCCGCGCGUGGGGGCCCGACCUGUGUCGGGAGAAUCAGCCUCCUCGGAAGGCUGGGACCUCACCACGGGCCCAGGGGCAGCCUGCGGGCACGUGAGGCUCCCGUAAGCCCAGCUCCAACCGAGGGGUCUGCGUCUGGUUUUGUUUUGCUUUUCCCUUCCGAGGCCGAAGGGACCGCUGCUUGGUGGGCUAAGGGACGGUGGCGGGUCUGGCAGGAAGGCCCCGGGGCGGGGUGCUUGGAGAAGGCGGGUGGUCCCUCCCCGGAUCCCACUAUGCAGAAAUGUUUUCCGCCCUGCCCCGCCCAAGCACAGACCAAAAUACCGGGCCUGGCCUCUCCCCUCCCUGCCCGCUCUGGAAACCCAGCUGGUCAGAGCCACUGCCAGGGGCGGCUGCAAGGACGGGUGACGGGCUCUUGCUGAUCCAGCGUGGGCCAGACCGGUGACCUGUCCCUGCCCUCCCAGUGGAGCCUCCUAGGGAACUUCCGUCCACCUGUCUCAGAGAGGAUCCGUCCUCGCUAGCCAACCAGGAUGGGGGAGUUCAACGAGAAGACCACGUGUGGCACCGUCUGCCUCAAGUACCUGCUCUUCGUCUUCAACUGCUGCUUCUGGCUGGCUGGUCUGGCCGUCAUGGCGGUGGGCAUCUGGACGCUGGCCCUCAAGAGUGACUACAUCAGCUUGCUGGCCUCGGGCACCUACCUGGCCACAGCCUACAUCCUGGUGGUGGCUGGCGUUGUUGUCAUGGUGACCGGCGUUCUGGGCUGCUGCGCUACCUUCAAGGAACGGCGGAACCUGCUGCGCCUGUACUUCAUCCUUCUCCUCCUCAUCUUUCUGCUGGAGGUCAUCGCUGGCAUCCUGGCCUACAUCUAUUACCAGCAGCUGAACACAGAGCUCAAGGAACACCUGAAGGACACCAUGACCAGGCGGUACCACCAGCCAGGACACGAGGGUGUGACCAGUGCGGUGGACAAGCUGCAGCAGGAGUUCCGAUGCUGUGGCAGCAACAACUCCCACGACUGGAGGGACAGCGAGUGGAUCCGCUCCGGCCAGGCGGGUGGCCGCGUGGUUCCCGACAGCUGCUGCAAGACUGUGGUGACCGGCUGCGGGCAGCGGGACCACGCCUCCAACAUCUACAAGGUGGAGGGUGGCUGCAUCACCAAGCUGGAGACCUUCAUCCAGGAGCACCUGAGGAUCAUCGGGGCAGUGGGCGUUGGCAUCGCCUGCGUGCAGCUCUUCGGCAUGAUCUUCACGUGCUGCCUGUACAAGAGCCUGAAGCUGGAGCACUACUGACCCUGCCGGGCGCCCCGCGAGUGCCGCAGCUUUGCCGCCUGACUACUGAGCUGACACUACUGAUGGCCCCAGGGCCAGAGUCCCAGGACGCUGCUCCGUACCCUCUCCCCGCUCUGCCAGGGAGGUGGCGUUCUCACGUGUGCACCCCCGUGCCGCCACCGUGACCUCUGGGGACCCCCUCCCUCAGAGGGAGCUUCAAGUGCCUUUCUCUCCAGACCAGAGGACUGAGGCGGGGCCCUCCGGCUGCGGGGAGGGAGGAAUACUCUGCCUGGUGUGGGCACACUGGGUUCUGACAGUCAAGUCCCUCUCUGCUCCUCCUGUGGGGCUGGGGCCCUGGGAGGGGGGGGGCCACCCCCCAUGCCUGUGCUCCGCCAGAGGGGCUGGUUUGGGGUGAACUGGGCAGAAAGGGGCUGGCCCCCCCAGGGUGCUCCUAGACCCCUGGACACACCUCUGCAUGGUGGUCAGGGCACUGCUGGGUGGGGGCAGCCGCAGGCAAAGAGUCCCAGAUGCACCUGCCGCUGGGUUGCCUACCGCCACCCCUCCCACCCCCAGCCCCGCUCAGGAAAGCCAAGCGAGCCCGGUCCUGUCCUGCAGGUCCUGUAUCUGCCCUCCCAGUCAGGCCUCUGCUGCCCGAGCCCCUGCUUGGAUUCCCCACCACUCCCCCCACUGAAAGGCCACAAGCUCACUCGUUCACAAUCACCUCCCCUUGGCAGAAGCAGGGGGUUGUGGGUUCACUCACUGCUGUAUCACAAAUGCCUAGAACUGCUGCUGCCAUGUGACAGGCACUCAAUAAAAGUUUGUGGACUGAGUGGGCUU